UCGUCGUCGUUGUCGUCGUGUUUGUGAAAUAUAAUUUGUUUAUUACAAAUUUUAACCAGAAGAAGAAAAAUGAAAAUUAUCAAUAACAAAUUAACGAGAAGACUAAAUAAAUGCAAGUGACAAAAAGCUAAAAAACAAUUAUUGCCAUCAUGAAGUUAGUAAAUAGAAAUGUAGAUAAAUCUUAUCAGGGGACUGUGGUACUGAUACCAGAAGAACCUGAAGAUAUGUGGCAUGCAUACAAUCUGAUAUCAGAAGGAGACAGCGUCCGAAGCACAACAAUACGAAAGGUACAAAAUGAAACGGCUACUGGUUCCUCGACAAGUAAUCGGGUCCGAACAACAUUAACUAUUCGCGUAGAGUCUAUAGACUUUGAUACUCAGGCAUGCGUCCUCCGUUUAAAAGGUCGCAACAUUGAAGAAAAUCAAUAUGUUAAGAUGGGUGCCUAUCAUACACUCGAUUUGGAAUUAAAUCGAAAAUUCCAACUAUGCAAACCCGAAUGGGAUACAAUUGCCUUAGAACGCAUCGAUAUGGCGUGCGAUGUUACUCAAUCGGCUGAUGUAGCAGCUGUUGUCAUGCAAGAAGGAUUGGCUCAUGUUUGUCUAAUAACAUCUAGUAUGACAUUGGUGCGAAGUAAAAUCGAAAUUUCAAUACCACGCAAACGCAAGGGAAAUGUCCAACAACACGAAAAAGGUUUAGCGAAAUUCUAUGAAUCUGUGAUGCAAGGAAUUUUGCGACAUGUUAAUUUUGACGUUGUCAAAUGUGUUCUAAUUGCCUCGCCUGGUUUCGUUCGUGAUCAAUUUUUUGAAUAUAUGUAUCAACAAGCUGUGAAUUCUGACAUUAAGGUUCUUUUAGAAAAUAAAAGUAAAUUUAUGCUGGUGCAUUCUUCAUCGGGUUUUAAACAUUCAUUAAAAGAGGUUCUUCAAGAACCAGCAGUUAUUGCAAAAAUGUCUGAUACAAAAGCAGCUGGAGAAGUUAAAGCUUUGGAGCAGUUUUAUACUGUGCUGCAAUGUGAACCAGCUAAAGCAUUUUAUGGCAAGAAACAUGUUCAAAUGGCUGCUGAAGCUAUGGCUAUCGAGACGCUACUGAUAUCAGAUAACCUAUUUAGGUGCAAAGAUGUCAGCCAAAGAAAAGAAUAUGUUUGUUUGGUGGAAUCAGUUCGAGAUGCUGGCGGAGAGGUGAAAAUCUUUUCGAGUAUGCACAUUUCAGGCGAACAGUUAUCACAAUUAACAGGAAUUGCAGCAAUUUUACGUUUCCCUAUGCCAGAGCUAGAAGAUAGCGACAAUGAUGAUGUUGGUGAUGAUUCAGACUCAGAUUAAUCGAAAUAAAAUUUAUAAAGAAAAAAAAAAAAAAAAACAAAAAAAAAAAAAUUCAAAUUAGUAUAAGUAGCUAACGUAUGCGCAGUCUUUUUUAGCCUUAAACAAAAUAUCCAAUAAAUCAAAACAAAAUAUAUAUAUAUAAGAAACAUUUAUAUCUUAUAUGCAAUUUAUAUAAAAGAAAAACAAACGAAAAGCUAUUUUAUUUUGUUAUAAGUAAUUUUUGUU